AUGUUGUCUCCAUUUUCUCCUUAUUCUACGAAAUGCUUCUACAACUUUAGUACUUCAAAAAAUCAAACUCAAAAAUCUCAACUUACCCCAACUUUUUCAUCUACGAAAAAUCUCUUCAACCUUAUUCCGAAUUCUCAAAUUCAAAAAACUCCUACGACUUCUAUUUCUUCCUCUUCAAGAAGUCUCUUUAAUUUAAUCGUAAAACCUCAAACUCCAAAACCUUUAGGCGAUUCACAAACUUCUACCACCGAAAAACCAAUUGAUUCUAUGAACACUCAACAAAAUCAAAAAAAAUCUAAUAGUAGCCUACAAUUGUAUAAUAAAGACUUCAAGUAUUCGGGAAUCGAAAACGAAUAUGGUGAAAAAUUUUAUUAUAUAAAAGAAGAUAUCUAUGUUGCUAGAGUUGUUAGAGGUCAUAAAAUUUACAUUCAAGGUGGAUAUUACGAACAAGAAAUUAAUAAAGAGGUUGAAUAUAUCCAAGAAUUGGCUAAAGGUUGUGAUAACAUAAUACGAUAUUAUGGAUAUGUUACAAGAGGUCUUUAUUUCUACAUGAUUACCGGUUGGGGGGAAUUCAAGCUUAAAGAUUUACUUUUGUCUGAAAAAGGACAACUUGAUUGGAAGCAAAAAGUUUCGAUUGCUUGUGGUAUCGCUAAUGCUCUACGACAUACUCAUCAACAAGGAAAAAUGCAUUAUGAUCUUAUUGAUCAAAAAAUUUUCAUUUUUAGUGAGAACAUCUUACUGACUUAUAACCUAGAACCAAUGCUUUACAAUUUCCGUGUCCCUGGAGGAUCAUCAUCUACUGACUGCCUUACAAGAUGGUCUGCACCAGAGGUCUGGACAUCCAAGAUACAUGAACCCUCAAGCGAAGUAUACAGCUUCUCAAUAAUCCUUUGGGAGUUAUCAGCUGAAAAGUUACCUUUUGAUUUAAUAUCUGAUGAAUAUAUUUACAAAAUAGUCAAUAAACGUCCUAAACCUGAAUCAAUAGCAGGAACUCCGAUCGUUUAUCAAGAUUUAAUGAUAAAAGGAUGGGCACAAAACCCUGAUGAUCGUCCAACAAUGGAUGAAAUUUUUAAGAUUCUUAAAAUUCUAAAAUCAGAUUUUAAGAAUGGUCAAGAUAUUAAAAAAGUUUCCGAAACUUCUUAUUUUGCCAAUAAUUUGGACAUGACAUUCAAUCAAAAAGUAUCCGAAACUUCUUCCUUAACUAAUAAAGUUGAUACGGAAUUGGAACUUGAAUCUAAUGUAUUAUCGAAUGAAUGGAAUGAUGAUUCUACUAUCGUCGUCCCUGAUUUUACCACAAAUGCAACAAACCGUGAUGAUUUUGAUUUUAACGAUAAGACUCCUUCACGUACUUUAUCUUUGAAUUCUGUGUCAACUGUGUCACAAGAUCACCUUUAUUCUGCUAUCACAUCUCCAAAGUUAUCUUCAAAACCAGAAUCAACGACUUCUAAUAAACCACCACCUACAUUAUUACAUACUUUGGAAGAUGCCAUCUCUUUCUAUAAUGAAAGAAAAUAUAAAAAAGCGUUUGCAAUUUUUAAGGCGCACUCUGAACAUAAUAAUGAUCCUAUCGCAAACUAUUGGGUUGGAUUAUUCUAUUACAAAGGACAUGAUGAUGGAAAACCGAAAUUUAAAAAUAGUGUAAAAUAUUUAUCAGAAGCUGCUGAAAAAGGUCAUUCUGAUGCUCAAUUUUUGUAUGCCAAGUUAUUAUUUACAGGAUAUUCUGCUGAACGUCAUAAGAAUAAUCCAAUAAGUAUUGGUGCAGAAAUGUUGAAAAAAGCUGCGGAUGCAGAAAAUCUUGAUGCAAUGAGUUAUUAUGGAAGACUCUUGAUAAAAG